AACUGCGAAGUGCUGUGAGGACCAGUAUUAUUAUUUUUUACCUCAGGCAACUUGUGGUUGUGGAUAUCUUGCUAUAUAGUCACAUUUUCUGUCCUUUUUCCUUUUGGCUCUAUAGGAAUCUCCCUUCUAUUGUGCACUCAAAUAACUCCAACUUUGUUUUGUUAAUUGUUACAAUCUGAGAAGACCUCUUAUUUAAAUAUUGGCUGCCAAAUAGUGCCUAAAACAUGUCAGAGACUGUUUCCAUAUUUAAGAGCUAGAGCCUCUGAAAAUCUUGCACAGUACACAAAACAAGUGUUUUUUGGGUUCAGUUGUAGUAUUUUGACUUGAAAGAAUGAAAACAAGGAGAGGAAAACGCUCAGAGGCCUUUUGGCCCUCCCUUGUGAUGAAGAAAUGGUUAAACAUAAAGCCAAAGGUGUAUGAUUUUAGUGAAGAUGAGGUGGACACCGAAACUGAAAGUGAAGAUGAUGCCUGCUCUCUUAAAGAAUCAAGAUUGGGUGUGCGUGAAGAUAAUCAUCCACUUAGAACACAAUCCAUAUUCCCAAGUCAAACAUCAGAUACAUUUUGUAAGGGCUAUAAGAUGAGACAUAGAAGAGGGAAAUCAGAAACUCUGCGUGUUCAAUACAUAAAUACAAAGGAAGUGAGGGUAACAAUUGGCACGUGGAAUGUUGCUGGAAGACUUCCAUGUAAGGAUCUUGAUAUUGAGGAUUGGCUUUGUACCAAUGAGCCAGCAGAUAUUUACAUUAUUGGUUUCCAAGAGGUAGUCCCCUUGAAUGCUGGAAAUGUUCUUGGGGCAGAGGAUAAUACACCUAUCCGAAAAUGGGAAGCAAUCAUUAGAAGAACUCUUAACAAAUCUUCUGAACUUGAAAGCAAGCACAAAAGCUACAGUGCCCCUACUUCUCCUGUUCUAAGAACUUCUGCUUCUGCAAAUGUUCUAGCAGACACUUCAGAUGUUAAUCCACUAGACACAAUGAAUGAGGAGUAUUUAAGAACUUUUGAUAAUGAUGACCUUGAACAAGAGGAGUUGAAAGACAAAAUUGGUAGCAUAGGAAAGAACUUACAGUUGAGGAAAAUACAUGACAUUGAUCUUCAGACAAUACUUGACUGGCCUGAACGUCCAUUAGAUGCAAUCACACAUACUGAUUCCAGUCCAAAGUUGCGUAGAGUACUAAGCAGCUCGGCCAGAAUUGGCUUUAAUUGGACAGAUAAUUCUUCAAAAUAUGGAGGUGUGAUGAAACGGUCACACCAUAGUUCUGGAAAUUUGGGCUUGUUAUUGAAAGAGCAGCAAGUGAUGCCUGAAGAAGUAAUGGAUACCCUUGAUGACUUAUCUGACAUGUUAUCGGAUGAGGAAGAUGAUGCUUUCUAUGAAUUACCAAAUGACAAAGAAAAUAAUGGAGUAGGUAACGUGAAAUCACACCGUAAGUAUGUCCGGAUUGUGAGCAAACAGAUGGUAGGAAUAUAUGUGUCCAUUUGGGUGCAAAGGAGGUUGAGAAGGCACAUUAAUAACUUGAAAGUUUCUCCAGUUGGAGUUGGUCUUAUGGGCUACAUGGGAAACAAGGGGUCUGUUUCAGUUAGUAUGUCUCUCUUUCAGUCACGUUUGUGCUUUGUUUGUUCCCAUCUGACUUCUGGUCAGAAGGAUGGGGCAGAAAUAAGACGAAACUCAGAUGUUCAUGAAAUUCUUCGCCGCACUUGUUUCUCAUCUGUUUUUGAUGCAGAUCAACCACAAACAAUCCCAUCUCAUGAUCAAAUUUUCUGGUUUGGGGAUUUGAAUUAUCGUAUCAAUAUGAUGGAUGGGGAGGUUCGAAAGCUGGUAGCUCUAAAGAAAUGGGAUGAACUGAUGAAUUAUGAUCAGCUAAGUAAUGAAUUAUGUAGUGGGCAUGUGUUUGAUGGAUGGAAGGAGGGUUUGAUAACCUUCCCACCCACUUACAAAUAUGAGAUUAAUUCUGAUAAAUAUAUUGGUGAGAACCCAAAAGAAGGGGAAAAGAAGAGAUCACCAGCCUGGUGUGAUCGUAUAUUGUGGCUAGGAAAAGGAAUAAGGCAACUCGAAUACAGGCGUUCAGAAAAUAAGCUCUCAGAUCAUCGACCAGUUAGUUCAAUAUUCUCGGUUGAUGUUGAAGUAUUUGACCACCGCAAACUACAACGAGCUCUAAAUUUCACAAGUGCAGCAGUACACCCUGAGGUUUUCCUUACAGAAGAUGGUGAUUUCACAUAUUAGAUAUUCACCAUAUAUCGGGUUCUACAUACAUACAAAUACAGGGUGAAAGAAUACGAGGUUUGAACUUUGGCUUUGAAAGAGUCAAGAUGUCAAGAUAAACUCUCACCUCAAGUUUGGCAUGCGGCCUCCUUUUUAAGUCAAUUUUUUGGAGUUUAAAUCUUAGUAGUGAUAGAUAUUAAAAAAAAAAACAAAAAAAACAAAUGUACAUAGACAUACGUUAGAUACUGUGUAUGACAGUAAAGUUUUUAUUUUUCUUGAAUCCUGCACUUUGUAGCUGGUAGACAACGAUUGUCCAAUUUUGAUCUCACUAGGUUUCCAGUUCAACCUUAAUACUAUAUAUCCUAAUACUACAUAUCUUUAAUAA